GUCGAGUCUUGUUGAAUGUUUGAGUGAGCGAGAGAGAGAGAGAGAGAGAAGAAGAAGAAAGAUUUGUCCCCUUUGUUUGUUUGUUGCAUAUCAUUCAGACAUCGUCCGGAUUUACCUCUCUCGCUCGCUCGCUAGGGUUUCUCAAUCUAAAUUUCGAUUCUUAAAUCCAAUCAUAGAGUAGCCAAGGGAGAUCGACUGUUAAAACCAGGGUUUCUAUGUAUUCGAUUUCUCUGCUCCCUGUGUCUACUUCUUAAAGAAGACAUCUUCAAGUUAGAUUUAUAUGAAUGGAUAUCAUGAAGACAAAUUCAUACCUAGAUGAUCUAUCAUCCUCACCUUCACCAAUCCAUCACAAUAGUAGGAAUGUGCUCCAAAUGUUGGUCAAGAGAGAGAUAGCUCCAAGAAUAAAAAAGUAUUUGCCAAGAAGACAGGGGAGUGGAACUUCUGAGCAUCACCACCGGUCAUUUGUUAAGCCCAAAAGUGAAAGUGCAAGGGACUCGAGGCGUGAACUUCAUUCAUGGGUGGAGGCUGAGUCCUUACAGUGUUUAUCAGCCAAGUAUUGUUCAUUAAUGCCUUCACCAAGGUCGACUAUCGCAGCAGCAUUUAGCUCAGAUGGAAAAAUUCUUGCAUCUACUCACGGUGAUCAUACUGUGAAAAUAAUCGACUGCCAAACUGGGAAAUGUCUAAAAGUUAUGAGUGGACAUCGAAGAACACCUUGGGUGGUUAGAUUCCACCCGUUGCGUCCAGAAAUACUCGCGAGUGGAAGCUUAGACCAUGAAGUUCGCUUAUGGAAUGCCAACACAUCAGAAUGCAUAGGAUCCCGUGAUUUUUACCGGCCUAUUGCUUCCAUUGCAUUCCAUUCAGAAGGAGAAGUGCUUGCAGUUGCUGCAGGCCAUAAGCUGUAUUUAUGGCAGUACAGCAGCAGAGGAGAGACCUCCUCACCUGCUAUAGUAUUAAGGACAAGGCGUUCUCUACGGGCUGUGCAUUUCCAUCCACAUUCUGCUCAACUUUUGUUAACUGCUGAGGUGAACGAUCUUGACUCCUCAGAUUCUUCAAUGGCACCCGCAACAUCUCUAGGUUAUCUGCAUUAUCCCCCUCCUGCUGUAUAUAUGGGCAAUAUGCAUCGCAUAGACCGUUUAAGUUUAGCAGCAGAAUUACCAUUAAUGCCCUUGCCUCUCUUCUCCUCUCCUUCAACCACAAGACUCGAUUCAAGAAGGCCACAAUCCUCUUCUGAUCAACAUCUGUUCCAUGCAAAUGCAAAUGCAACAGUAACACAGCAACAAGUGAUGGAUUCUUCUUCAUCUUCUAUCCACACCAGCAGCAGCCAGCAUAAUGAUAAUGAUAAUGAUAAUACUGUAAAUAAUAACCAAGUCCAAAACAUGGAUAUUUCGGAUGUUGAAGGUGUUCCGAUGUUGAGAGAGCGUGUACGUUGGGAGUUACCCUUCAUGCAAGGAUGGUUGAUAGGUCAUAACCAAGCUGCAACUGCCACGUCAUCGGGUUUCCCUCUGAGAUCAGGGGCAAACCCUAAUCCAGAGGCUUUAUACAACAUGAAUCAAAAUGGUGGUCCAGUGGCAGUGAAUGAGUCGAUAGCAAACGAAGGAGUAGGAGUAGGACAGGCUGUCCCUAUGAUUGGUCGAAUACAGUCUCAACUGUCUGCAUCACUUACUGCCACAGCUGCUGCUGAGUUGCCUUGCACUGUAAAGCUAAGAAUUUGGUCUCAUGAUUCAAACAAUCCAUGUGCCUCUCUCAAGCCUGAACGAUGUCGCUUAGCAAUACCGCAUGCUGUCCUUUGCAGUGAAAUGGGUGCUCAUUUUUCAGCAUGUGGGAGAUAUCUAGCUGCUUGUGUUGCGUGUGUGCUUCCUCAGUUUGAAGGCGAUUCAAUUUCUGGGGUACAAUCACAACUUCAUCAUCAAGAGGGUAGGGGGCCCGGAACAUCUCCUACACGCCAUCCUAUCUCUGCACGCCAAGUCAUCUAUGAACUCAGAAUAUAUUCACUUGAGGAGGCAACGUUUGGUUUGGUACUUAUCUCAAGGCCAAUCAGAGCUGCCCACUGUUUGACAUCAAUCCAGUUUUCACCAACUUCUGAGCACAUCUUGCUUGCUUAUGGGAGGCGUCAUAGCUCUCUUCUGAAAAGCAUUGAUAUCAAUGGAGACGCAUCUUUAUCCAUUUACACAGUUUUGGAGGUAUAUAGAGUUUCGGAUAUGGAAGUGGUGAGUGUGCUUCCCAGUGCAGAAGACGAGGUGAAUGUCGCUUGCUUUCACCCUUUCUCUGGGGGUGGUAUUGUCUAUGGCACAAAGGAAGGGAAGCUUAGAAUCCUUCAAUUUAAUGGAGGCGAUGGGAUGAAAAUUAGCAGCAGACCUGAUCAGUCGGUAGAAGCACACAUGGUUGACAUACAACAAUAAUACUACACGACAUGCAUGCAGGGUGGAUGUGGCUUUAAAUGCUUAGUAUUUGAUAUCACAUCCAGCCUACGUAAGGAACUUAGUUACACCAGCUCUCCUAGUCCUAACUGUUGAAGAUGCAGAUGAAGCUUAGCUAUAGCUGGAAUCGGUUCCUGUGGUCCCCUGCACCUUGUCUUUUUUCCUCUCUCACACUUACUUUUGACUGUUUUGUUGUAUGUUUGACCUUGACCUUGACCUUGACCUUGACCCUGACCAUGUGUGUACUAUAUAUAUAGUCUCUAUUAUGUUUGUUAACAAGAGACAUCUGAUCUGAGCAGUGGCUACACUUGACUCGGUAGGUUUGGUUUGGUUUGGUUUUGUUGUAAAUUAUGGUAGCUCUAAGUAAUUAAGUAAGUUGUACUGAUUCUAGAGAUUUCUUUCUUCCUCAUGUAUUGUAUUAUUGUAUGUAUGCUGUUUGUUCUCUUCUCUUCUCUUCUCUUCUCUUCUUUCUUUCAUACUUGUAUACUAUAAUAAUACACAUCAUCUGCUACAACUGACUUGACUG